AUGUUGAAAUCUGCAAGCCAAAACUUUUUUAGAGCUUAUUCUAGUAGAAUUGGUCGAUAUGCUGCUACAGCAUCAGGGAAACUGGCACAGUCUCGUUUAUCGAAUAUACCCACUCCAAAAGCAUUGAAGAAAUUCCUCGAUGAGUACAUUGUUGGUCAAGAGAUUGGUAAGAAGGUUUUAAGCGUGGCAGUUUAUAAUCACUAUUUAAGAAUCAAUGACAAGCAAAAGAAAGGGGAAUUACAAAGGCAGAGAGAAUUGAUGGAACGAGAGAAAAUCGCGGAUGAUAGGGAUGAACCAAUUUUCAGUGGAAACAGCGAAUCAAAGGCUGGUUGGAGGAAUCUUCAAAGACAGUUUAAUUUAGCAGGUAGAGAGGUUGACGAAGAUUUAGAGUUAAGCAAAAGUAAUGUCCUUGUCGUUGGUCCCUCAGGUUCUGGUAAGACUUUGUUGGCAACAACAUUGGCGAAAAUAUUAAACGUUCCAAUUGCAAUUACAGAUUGUACACAAUUGACUCAAGCAGGUUACAUAGGUGAAGAUGUUGAAGUAUGCAUUGAAAGAUUGCUCGUAAAUGCUGAAUUUGAUGUUGCGAGAGCAGAAAAAGGUAUUAUUGUUCUUGAUGAGAUUGAUAAACUAGCCAAGCCUGCCGCAAGCAUUGGCACUAAAGACGUGUCCGGAGAAGGGGUUCAACAGUCAUUAUUGAAAAUCAUUGAGGGCCAUAAAGUGGAAAUUACCGUUAAAAGGCCUGUUAAGCAUGAUAUUGACGGACAAAAAAAUCAAACUACAACAAAGAAGGACGAAGUAUUUGUUGUAGACACUUCAAAUAUUCUUUUCAUGAUUAUGGGAGCUUUUGUUGGUUUAGAUAAGCAUAUUGUUAAAAGGAUAGAAGAUAUGAAGAAAAUACAGAAGGCAGGAGAGUCUGUUGAAUCAUCGAAUAGUAAAGAAGUUGAAAAAGAAAGAGCGAAGAAGUUCAGAUUUAGCAAUACGCUUGAGCAGGUUGAAUUAGAUAACGGAAAAAAAGUGUGUGCUUUAGACUUGACCACCCCCACAGAUUUAGUUAGCUUUGGUCUAAUUCCUGAAUUAAUUGGCAGAGUCCCAAUUAUAACUGCUCUGCAGCCUCUACAAAGAGACGAUUUAUUUCAUAUAUUAAAAGAACCUAAAAAUGCCUUAUUGGAUCAAUAUGAAUAUAUUUUUAAGCAAUUUGGGGUAAGAUUGUGUGUUACACAAAAGGCGCUAAAGAAAGUUGCUCAAUUUGCUCUCAAGGAAGGAACUGGCGCCAGAGGGUUGAGAGGGAUAAUGGAAAGACUUCUGCUAAACGUUAAUUAUGAUUGCCCGGGUUCUAACAUAGCAUACGUUUUAAUCGACGAAGCUACUGUCGACUCGUUACAGGAAACAGAGCACUCUUUGGCUUCCCAAGUGGACGUAAAAUACUAUUCUGGUGAUGAAAAGGACAGUUUAAUUCGUGACGUUUCUGAAGAAGAUAAAAAAUUAGGAGUUAUGCUAGAAAAAGAGUUGGGUCAUUCUGCUAACAUUCAUACCCCAACAAUUCCCAAGAGAAGCUUAACAUAA